AUGGCCGCUCUACGGAUCUUGCCUGCGCGCUGCUCGAGGGCUCUGCCGAGGCUUUUCCGCCCUUUCAGCGACAGCAGCCCCCCUCACCGCGCGCUCACGGUGCCCGAGCGCAUCGAAGAGAAGCGUCGGGCAGCGCUGCUCGGGGGUGGCCAAGCCCGCAUAGAUGCACAGCACCGGCGGGGAAAGUUGACAGCUAGGGAGCGCAUUCUUCUCUUAUUGGAUCCUGACAGUUUUGUAGAAUAUGACAUGUUUGUGGAACACAGAUGUGCAGAUUUUGGGAUGGAGGCUGAAAAAAACAAGUACCCUGGAGAUAGUGUGGUAACUGGGCAGGGAAGAAUUAAUGGGAGACUGGCUUAUGUCUUCAGUCAGGACUUCACUGUGUUUGGAGGCAGUUUAUCUGGCGCUCACGCUCAAAAGGUCUGCAAGAUCAUGGAUCAGGCUGCAAUGGUUGGUGCUCCUGUGAUUGGACUGAAUGACUCAGGAGGGGCCCGUAUCCAAGAAGGAGUAGAGUCACUUGCUGGCUAUGCUGAUAUUUUUUUGAGAAAUGUGUUAUGUUCUGGGGUAGUACCACAAAUUUCUCUUAUCAUGGGUCCUUGUGCAGGGGGUGCUGUCUAUUCCCCUGCUUUAACAGAUUUUACAUUCAUGGUAAAGGACACAUCCUAUUUAUUCAUAACUGGCCCUGAUGUAGUCAAAUCAGUUACCAAUGAAGAUGUUACUCAGGAGCAACUUGGGGGUGCAAAGACACACACUGCAGUAUCAGGUGUUGCACACUGUGCUUUUGAGAAUGACAUAGAUGCUUUGCUCAAUCUUAGAGAGUUUUUUAAUUACUUACCUCUUAGCAACAAGGAUCCAGCUCCUAUCAGAGAAUGUCAUGAUCCUAGCGACCGGUUGGUUCCCGAGUUGGAUACAAUUGUCCCGAUGGAAUCUACUAAAGCUUAUGACAUGGUGGAUAUUGUACAUUCGAUUGUUGAUGAGAGAGAAUUCUUUGAGAUCAUGCCCUCCUAUGCCAGAAACAUAAUAAUUGGGUUUGCCAGAAUGAAUGGAAGAACUGUUGGAAUAGUUGGGAACCAGCCCAAAGUAGCAUCAGGCUGUUUGGACAUAAACUCCUCUGUGAAGGGAGCCCGUUUUGUUCGUUUCUGUGAUGCUUUCAAUAUCCCUCUGAUAACAUUUGUAGAUGUUCCUGGAUUUUUACCAGGGACAGCCCAGGAAUAUGGAGGGAUUAUUCGCCAUGGUGCAAAACUGCUCUUUGCUUUUGCAGAAGCAACAGUGCCAAAAAUCACUAUUAUCACAAGGAAGGCUUAUGGUGGGGCCUAUGAUGUGAUGAGUUCAAAGCAUCUAAGAGGAGAUGCAAAUUAUGCCUGGCCAACAGCAGAAGUAGCAGUGAUGGGUGCCAAGGGAGCUGUCCAGAUAAUUUUCAGAGGCAAGGGGGCGCAUGCAGAAGCAGAAUAUGUGGAAAAGUUUGCAAAUCCUUUCCCUGCAGCAACCAGAGGGUUUGUGGAUGACAUCAUCCAACCAUCUUCUACUCGACUUCGCAUCUGCCGUGACUUGGAAGUGCUGGCCAGCAAAAGGCAAUCCAACCCCUGGAAGAAGCACGCCAACAUUCCACUCUGAUUUUGCUUUAAGGGAAAGCAAUGAUAAAAUAUAGGGAAAAUCAGUGGAAACCAGGUAUGCCUGUUGAUUCAAAUCCUCUGAAGUAUGUGGAAGUUCUCAUGAUAUCCUGUAAUUUCAACCAUCCAAGACUGAAUUCAAGAUCAUUCACAAAUGUUAAAACAGGUAUAUUGCAACAGAAGCAGCACAGAAUGUGGAAAUAAAACAUUUUGAUUACUUUACACAAGA